AUGGCGGGCGGUGCUGUCAUCGAAAAUCUGAGUAAUCGAAAACUGUUCGUCAUAAUCGCAGGUCUUCUUGCAGUUCAGAUUCUCUUUUUCUUAGUUGGCGUCUGGUAUGCUCCAUCUCCAUCUUCUUACAUGGAAUUUGAAAUGAUCUCGUGUCGAGACGAAACAAAAGGCCUCUCAGGAGAAUGGAUUCACAGAGAUAGCUGUCAUCAAAUAGAAGAGCUCUCGGAAUUCACGCCAUCUUCGUUUGAUCUUCGCGAAAUUGUGUUCAUCGCUAAAAUGCCUCAUGCAAGAGAUGGAAUCGAACUGGAGUACUCUCCAUGGUUCCAGUUCUUGCUCGGCGUGCUUCAAAUCGAAGUAGAAUACAGUGAACACUUCAAAUACGUGCCACAUGCACAAAUUGAAUUGGAAGUUCGUAUGGGAUAUCGAGAGCAUGCGUCGAAGAAAAAUGACUGGAAAGAGCUAGCAACAUCAAAUGUCACACGAAUUCUCGAGUGUACCAUUGCAGAAGAAGACAAAAAAGACGGUGGAACCUACAAUUGCGACAUGCUGGAUUUGUUCGAACUCGGUUCAAGUUCCUAUCCUUUCUACCUUGUCAACAUUCGCAUUCCAAUUGAUCAGCAUGCUUGUCAAUACAAUCCAAAGAAUCCUAACUGCCAAAUCGGUAAACUCAGCGGUCUGCGACUCAUCGAAAUUCAUCAGAAUGGAGGUUUCACUCUCCUCUGGCUUUGGACAAAGACUCUGAUGACUCCAAUUGUGGGGGCUUGUCUUUGGUGGUAUUAUAAUAGAAUUAAUCAACUCGCCCGAAAUCCACUUUUGCUGGAACGCGCCAUUCUUUAUCUCGGUCUAAGUCUUGCAAUUCUAGAUUUCCCAAUCGAAUGGAUCUCACUGACUCACCGAUUACCGUUCCUCCUUCUCGUUUCCGAUCUUCGUCAAGGACUCUUCUAUACCGUUCUUUUCUCCUUCUGGCUUAUUUUCGCUGGCGAACACCUUAUCGAUGAUACGACCAGAAACAAUAUUAAGUCCUAUCGAUUCAACCUAUCGUUCAUCAUCAUUGCUUCAGGUGCUCUUCUCAUUUACGAUCUCAUCGAACGUGGUGUCCAACUCUAUGAUCCAUUCUACAGUGUCUGGUCAUCUCCAACUGGAUCUCAAAUCGCAUACGUCGCUAUUUUCAUAUCUGCCAUUUGCACAGUUGCAUAUUUUGGUUUUUUGCUAUUCAAAAUCGUGCGAGUCUGGACAACAAUCAAACACAAACGCAGUGCUCAACUAUACCAGACGAGUGAGAAUCGGCGACUAAAAGUGGAAGGUGUCAUCUACAGAUUCAAAUUCUUGAUGUUGUUCACUGUCCUCUGUGCGGGAUUUACCAUUCUCGCCUACUUCAUGAAACAAUAUGGAGAAGCACAACUUCACGGAGAUGAGGCUAGAAGCGGAUUUCUAACAGGAAGUACAUCUGCAUUCUUCACUGGAACAUUUGGGAUGUGCAACAUUUACGUGCUAAUCUUGCUCGCGAUGUAUGCACCAUCACACAAACAUUACCGAGGAGCUACUCAACUCAUUGACGAAAACGACGACGAAAUCAUCGAUGACCCCUCCAACCAACACACUGAAUCAAACGCCAUGACGACGUUCCUCAAACCGAGUACUGAUUAG